GCGACAAAAAUGGAAAUAAUGGGGUUAUUUAUUAGACCAAUAUAAUUGAAUGAGAAUUAAAUAUAGUGUAAUGAUAUGGUCCUGCGACGAAGGAGGAGCCAUGUCUACGCAACCAACAAGUGAACUGUCUUAGAACACAAGCUACUCUUUUUUACUUCUUCAUGAUUGAGUUCUUCUCUUAUUCAGUAGGAAAAAUCAAGUAUGUAUAUACAAUAUUGUCUCUUAUAACAAAACAUAAAAGGCAUACGGCAACGGUAUCAUCAUGUCGCAUGUAAGAGAAAGCUAUAUUCUUCGUGACUAAUGGAUUUAUUUAUUUUCUGAUUUACGCUUUGGUUCUGCUAGUUGGAGAACUUAAGUUACUUAACACCGAGUUAUUCAGAUUUCAUUUUUGUUUGGUUUGGUUUAUUGGAGGGACUACUGUAUAUAGAAAUGUGUAUUGGGCUGGAUAUCUUUUAGGAUCGUAUAAGGGCCAUAUGGCCCAUGAUAAAUAAUUAAUACUGGGAAAAUAUUAAAAAAAUAGUGAAAGUAUUAACAUAUAAAAAUGCAUCAAACAAAGAACUAGUAGGUCUCAAAGAGAGAGAGAGAGAGAGAUGGGAGAGAUUGUGUUUACAGAGAAGCAAGAAGCUUUGGUGAAGGAGUCUUGGGAGAUACUGAAGCAAGACAUCCCCAGAUACAGCCUUCACUUCUUUUCACAGAUACUGGAGAUAGCACCAGCAGCAAAAGACAUGUUCUCUUUCUUAAGAGACACAGAUGAAGUGCCUCACAACAAUCCUAAACUCAAAGCUCAUGCUGUCAAAGUUUUUAAGAUGACAUGUGAAACAGCAAUACAGCUGAGGGAGAAAGGCAAAGUGGCUGUGCCUGACACAACCCUCCAAUACCUGGGCUCUGUCCAUCUCAAAAGUGGAGUUCUUGAUCCUCACUUUGAGGUGGUGAAAGAGGCUUUGGUGAGGACACUGAAAGAAGGGUUGGGGGAGAAGUACAAUGAAGAAGUGGAAGGAGCUUGGUCUCAAGCUUAUGAUCACUUGGCUUUAGCCAUUAAGGCCGAGAUGAAACAAGAAAACUCACAGAAACCCUGAAUAUCAUUUGGGUAUAUGCUCAUAGAUGGUGAAUCUGUGUGCACAAGUAUAAUAUCAAAUCAUCUUUGUGAAAUUUAUCUCAACUACUUUUGGUUCUUUCUUAUACAGAGCUACAUGACACUCAAUAAAUUAAAAAAAUAUACCUCUGGCUA